UAUAGACUAUAGUCCAUGGCAACAGCAGCCGUUGGAACGUCGGAAGACGGGUCGACGGUCAGCCAGAAAAUCGGGCAGCCCCCGUCGAGAAAAAAGUGUCCGGCACCGUUCUUGUUGAAAACGUACGAGCUUUUAGAGGUAGAGGCAGAGACAGAGGCGGAGGCGAAGAAAGAAGAGAAUGAUGAAAAAAAUAAUAAGGUAGUGUCAUGGAAUGAAGAGGGAAGUGGAUUUGUUGUAUGGUGUCCUAAUGAAUUUUCGGAGCUCAUGUUGCCUAGAUAUUUCAAGCAUAAUAAUUUCUCGAGUUUCAUACGUCAACUUAAUAUUUAUGGAUUCAAAAAGGUGGCAUCCAAAAGGUGGGAAUUCUCCCAUGAGAAAUUCAAGAGAGGAAGUAAACAUUUGCUUGCAAAAAUAACCAGAAAAAAAAGUGACCCUAGUGUUUUUCCUUUAUACCUAAAGCCCUUUUCUCAUGAAGAAAACACAAAUGUGGCUACAAAUGAAAGACAAAAACAGCUUAUGGAGGAGAAUCAGAAUUUAAGGGAAAAAAAGCUAGAAUUGCAAAUGCAAAUUUCUCAUUUCAAAACUUUGGAAACAAAAUUGUUGAAUUGCCUUUCUAAGUAUGUGGGCAAUCAACAAAAUAAAGUUAGAAGACCUUUUUAG